AUGUCGCAAGGCGAUGUGGCUAGGCACGGGGGUGUUGAAGGCAACACAAAGCUUGCGUGUCGCAGAGCGAUGUGGCUAGGCAUGACGCCGAAGGCGACACAAGAUGUGGCUAGGCACGGGGGCGUCGAAGGCAACACAAAGCUUGCGUGUCGCAAGGUGAUAUGGCUAGGCACGGGGGUGCCGAAGGCAAUACAAAGCUUGCGUGUCACAGAGUGA